AUGUGUCCUGCUGCUGAAAUCAGGGUGACAAAUGAUGGGCCGCCCCGCCGGUGUGCUGCUCAUAAGCCUGCCAGCAGCCGAAAGGCAGAACAGCUCACAGAAACCCUGGACAGUAUCCCAGUGGACGAAGACGGGUUGCCUUCGUUCGAGGCCCUGGCAGAUGGGGACGUGACCAAUGCCAGUGAUCAGAGCUGUCCUUCCACCCCAGACGGCUCGCCACGCACCCCAGAGCCAGAUGAGCCUUCCCUGCUGAAGAAGCUUCUCCUGGCACCUGCUAACUCCCAGCACAGCUAUAAUCAAUACCCAGGUGGCAAGGCACAGAACCAUGCAGCCAGCAACCAACGGAUCAGACCAACACCUGCUGUUGCCAAGACAGAAAACCCCUGGAACAGCAAACCACGAGGGGCCUGUCCCAACCGGUCUGUGAGACGCCCUUGCACUGAGCUGCUCAAGUACCUCACCUCUAGCGACGAGGCCUUCCAGACCAAAGCCAGGGAAGCCAAGAGCACCUGGACAGGUUGCGGCAAGGACAGGGGAGGGGCUUGCACGUCCUUCUGCUCAUCUUCUUCCUCUCCAUCGUCCUCGUCCACCUCCUCUUUCUCCUCCCUGUCGUCCUGCUCCUCUUCCACCGCCUCCAAAAAGAAGACGUCCUCUGCCUCCCCAUCAUCACAGCAGCAGCAGCAGCAGCUGGCAGUGCAGGCCCAGCGAGCCAAACCAACCAUCUUGCCACUUCCUUUGACCCCAGAGUCUCCAAAUGACCACAAGGGAUCUCCGUUUGAGAACAAAACCACUGAACGCACAUUGACUGUGGAGAUCUGUGGAACCCCAGGUCUGACACCACCUACCACGCCUCCUCACAAAGCCAGUCAAGAGAACCCUUUCAAAGUAUCACUCAAAAACAAGCUGUCUUCAUGCUCUCCCUCGGCCCUGACAAGCAAAAGGCCCAGGCUGAGCAAUGGGGGCUCUUGCCCUCAGCCAAACAGUGGCUAUAUUCGGAAGGGCCCAGAGCAGACUGAGCUCUAUGCCCAGUUGAGCAAGGCAUCCUCCACAAUGCACCUAGGGGGCUUGGAGGAGCGUCAGAGCAAGCGGCCCAUGCCCCGCGUCUUUGGUGAUCACGACUAUUGCCAGUCUACAAGCACAAAACGAGACAGCACCACUACAGCUGCAGCAGUAACUGGGCCAAUGGAGGGCCGGCAUGUGGAAUGUAAAGACUCGAACAUGCCGGCCUCCUCUACUUCUACAUCAUCGUUGUCUUCCACCUCCCCUUCGUCUUCCUUUCUGGCCAGGCAGCUUCAGGGCCUUUCCCCCAAAGUUCAGGAGGCUUGUCCGGACAUGGAUGCUCACGGACAGGACCACGACUCCACUUCGGGCUCCAGAACGUCAAUGGAUGGCAACUCUGCUGACAGGAAACUACUUAGGGACCAGGAGAUUCGGGAAGAGCUCAACAAGCACUUUGGAAAGCCUCAACAAGCCUUCUAUAGCAGGAUAGUGGGAGAGCAGAGGGGCAUCCGGCCUCUAGAGGACAGUGACUCUGGGGUUGGGUACCUCAGUCUUCUCAAUGAUUACAUACACCCGGGUCUGCCUGACUUUGAGAACUUGGAGGUAGGCCGGGAGCGCCUGCUCUACUUGGGGGAAGGUUCUCCACUCGAGCUGCUCCUCGAAGGGUCGCCCUCCAGCUCCCCUUCCAGCAGUUCAUUCUCAUGGAGCUCUGUCUCGCCUCCUUCCACUCAGCUCUCGCCACAGCACCUCCGCUGGCCACGCUCUAUCUCCCGCUCCCGUUCCUCAUCUCACCACAGACGCAGAUCCCUCUCCAGGUCUCCAUACUCCCGCUCCGAGUCUCCCGACAGCCGUUCUCCCUCUUGGUCUCCUCACAAUAUGGACAAUAGCACUUUUAUUCCCAGGAUUUAUAGAAGCCCUCAGUCCCAGGCUCAUUCUAUUUUUGGUCGGAGACCCAGGUAUGACAGCUAUGAGGAAUACCAGCAUGUGCAUCUGAAGCGGGAAGAGUACCGACGCGACUAUGAGAAACGGGAAUGUGAGAGGGCCGAGCAGAGGGAGAGACAACGGCAAAAAGCAAUAGAGGAGAGGCGAGUGGUGUAUGUGGGACGUCUUCGCACCAACAGCACACGCACUGAGCUCAAACGCCGCUUUGAAGUCUUCGGUGAGAUUGAGGAGUGCACAGUCAACUUGAGACAUGACGGGGAUAACUUUGGCUUCAUCACCUACCGCUACACUUGUGAUGCGCUCGCUGCCCUUGAGAAUGGACACACCUUGCGCAGGUCGAAUGAGCCUCACUUUGAGCUCUGCCUUGGUGGACAAAGGCAGUACAGUAAAUCGAAUUACACAGACUUAGAUUCCCAUUCUGACGACUUUGAUCCAGCCUCCACUAAAAGCAAGUACGACUCCAUGGAUUUUGACAGCUUGUUGCGAGAGGCCCAGUAUAGCCUGAGAAGGUAAUGAGCUGCACCGCUGCACCGGCUGGCUGCAAAGAGAGGGAUUCGCAAUACCUCACUGUUGUUUCUGUUCUUUUGAAUACAAGACUACAAGACGUUUUACACUUUAUCUAAGUGGAAAGAGUAUAUGUGGAUGAAAAAAGCUCUACGUAUAUGAAGGGAUAUAUAUGUAUAUCUGCAAGCAAAGUUUACAUGAACCUAGCUGCUGCAACGCUGGGGAGAGACUUUACCUGUGGGAAUAGCCAGUGAAGUAGCGGACACUACUUUAGUGGACUACACAGAUCCGUGUGCCGCGUGAGGCUCUGGAAGAGACACGAAUCUUCGUCAGAGUUCGCUCCACACGCCGCAUCACCCUCGGCACUUUUGAGAGGCGAAAAGCGCAGCUCGUUCAGUCUGUUUUUAUUGUUUGGAGUUUAUUUUUGUGGGCUUUCUCUGUUCCUUUUUUAAUCUGGUGUUUGGAUGUGGUGUUACACUGUUGAGAAGGGUUUGGUUUGGGGAAAAUCUCUCGGAAGGUGACGUUGUCUACAUUUAUCGCCUAUUUACAAAACGAAUAUUUUAAUUUGAUGUGCAUAUCAGCGUUCUUUGUUUGUUACAGCUAUGCACUGUAAAAUGCAGCCUUUUUAAGAUGAACUUUUCUUAAUCGAGAAUGUUGAUCUGUAGUCAUUACGAUGAUGUGUAACAUACAUGGUGUUUAGAUGACGUGAUUUGAUUGUAAAAAUACGUAUGGAGAUUUAUCGCUCUUUUUUUGGGGUAGUAUGCAACAAUUUUUGUCUCUGUUUUUCUUCUGGUUUUCUUUUUUUCAUUUCAAAACUCCAUGUGAGGUUUCAUCUGAUUUUGAAGUUAAUAACUCAGUGUUUUCCGUACAUACAUGCAGUGUGUAAGUUAUCGUUUAUGUUCACUAUUGUGUAAAAAAAAAAAAAAA